CUUGCUUAUCUUCUCAAGCCACUCCUUGACCUCAGUCUUCCUUGACUGAGAAAAACACAGCCCUUCCUUUCCUUUCUUAAGAAGUGCUUUUAGGUUUUCAUUUUUUGGAGAAGUGCUUAUGAUGGCUUCCAACUCACUCACUUCCUCAAGAAGCUCUAGCUCCUCGUGGACUCCUAAGCAAAACAAACAGUUUGAAAAGGCCCUGGCUUUGUACGACAAGGACACCCCUGACCGCUGGCAGAAGGUUGCCAGAGCGGUCGGUGGGAAGUCUGCUGAGGAGGUGAAGCGGCACUAUGAGCUCCUCAUUGAGGAUGUCAAGCACAUUGAGUCUGGCAGAGUUCCGUUUCCUGAUUAUAGAGGGGAAUAAUACUAAAUCUUUCUUUCUUUGGACUUUGAAUGGCAAAGGCUCUUGAAGUUUAUGAUUUCUAGCGUUUCCAUUAAGUUCAUCAAGAAACAAAGUUGUGAAAAUUAGCAGAUGCAUGCAGACAUGUAUAUGUAAUUAAAGAAAACCAGUUGGUUUUAUGCAGCUAAAUUAACCAUUGUCGUGGCUUUCGAUCAGUGUACGAAGUACCAUCUAUUUGGUCUAUGAAAUUCAAUACUACUACGAUUAGAUAUUACGUUU